GCGGAGUUGUUAGAUGAAGAGGAUGAUGAAACCAUUGCCGAGCUUGCUGAUGAGAAGAAUGACCCCCGUCGUCGUCCCCGUCCAAGUGGCCCUCCGAGGGCGGUAAGAUCUUCAACCCUGUCUCCAGUUUUAAACAGACUACUGGGAUUUGCAUAAUCAGCUUAAAGUAGCAAACCUAAUUUGUUUAAGAUUCCUUUCCACGUCCUUAUAAAAUAGGUGCUGAGGGGAACUUCGGAAGAAUCGCGCUCCCUCAACCCGGAAAUUGCGUAUUUUAUUUUGUUAACAUGUUAAAUCGAUAACUCUGUCAAAAAAAUAGCCAUACCCUUUUUUCUGGUGAUUGGCACCACUGUGAUAAAGAAUGGUAUCAUUAAUAAAAUCCUAGCAAACGGUGUUUUAAUAUAAACGGUAACGUAUCAUUGAGCCAUUAUUAUAAAACUCACAUAGGUUAAUUCUUUCCUCUUAAAAAGUGCAAGCUAUAUGUUACGAAAUGCUUAAAGAAGCCAACUGGUCCUCGUCCCACACGUCCCAUCAAGGUAAGAUCUUCCUUGUCUUUAUUUUGAACCCUUAUACUUUGAUAUCGAGACCUAGUUUUACAGCAAAAGUGUGUAGUCAACUUAUAUUGUUUUUAUACGACUUGAUGCAAUACAUGCACCAGCUGAGCUAGCUCUUUAGUUAUUUUUUUCAGCCGGGGUAGGUUGUUAUAUGUUUGAAAGAGUGAUUACCCUUUUGUCAAUAAAGUAAUCAUACCUCAGUUUUUUCAUAUUCACUGAUCAAUUAGCGUCAAAUGAUAAAGACGGCCAGCAUCAAUCAAUGAAAAUCAUGACAUGUGAUUAAAAAAAAUCAACAAAGUUUUAGAAGUAUCCUACCACAGAGGUAUUAAAAAAUUCACCCAAUUCAUCUUCUCUCCCACUUAGAAAAAGAUUUGCAAAAAACUGCGGCAAAUAUGCAAGAAGCUCCGGCCCAGCAGACGUCCUAAGCCUUAACAGAUUGAAAGUUAAGUUAUUAAAAGCCUAACGGUACUGCAAAGAUGACGUGUCCCAUUAAGAGAAAACUUGAUGUAACGAAAUUAAAUGUAGUUGUGAAAUUAGGGUGGUA